ACAGUCUAUUUUGACUUGCAUCAAGGUAAAGGUCGAAUCAUGGAUGAUGAUGUGGAAGACAAUAAUAUUCUCUAUGAUCUGACUGUACACCAUGAAUGGACGCAGGAAAAUGAGGGAGUUAAUAAGCAACAGAAAGAAAAAUCUUCAAUUGAAUGUAUACAAAGAGCUGGAACGUUGAAUACAUUAUCUAAUGUUACUUGGACUGCUUUAAGAAGUGUCGGAGUAAAAACAAGGUUAGAUAGAAUUUCUCAGUUAUCUGAAAAAUUCGUUGAUUUGAUUCAAUCACAAAUCCCAUGGAGAAUCGUCACAAACAAAGAUGGAGAGCUGUUAGCUAUCCUUCAAGAUCAAUUCAUUGAAAUUCGCGAUAGAGAAGAAGACUAUAGUACUGUACAAAUGAAAUUUGAUGUUGGAUCUGACACAAAUCCCCAUUGGCGGUCGAUUGCGUUUGAUGAUGAUAAUGAACUAAUUGCUUACGCAGAUAGUUGUGGGAAUGUUAUUAUAUACGAGUUAAGCGGAACCGAAAUAUGUAAAAUUCCAGGGUCAUACUGUCCAAUGGGUAAUGAUUAUAGUAAAGCUGUAUGUGCUCUAAUUUUUGUGGAUGCUAAGAAAUUAAAGAAAAGGAAUAUAUUAAAACGGCUCAUGGUAAUCACAUAUCGAGGCAUAUUAAAAUGCUAUAAUAUUCUAAAUGAUGGAACAGCUGAAUUCUCUCAUGAAUUUAGCUUUUGUCCUUAUUACCAACACGGAGUUUCAGGUGUUGUUUACGUCCCUAAAUAUGACUUGCUGUUAAUGGGUGGGACGAUCUUCGGUACGGCUCCAAUUUGUCCAACUUCUACUGAUAUUGGCCUUUCUGCUUGGAGAAUGCUAUCAGAUCAGCCAUAUUAUAAACUUGUGACUAACUACGACGACGACGUAAAAUCGAUGAAGCAUAAAGAAGCUUGGAGAAGACUGAAAUCUUAUACAUUUUCUUACAAGACAACUGAUAUUGGUAUAUUUAAAUUUGCAUUAACUGAGAAUGGUCAAAAGUUAGCCGCGAUUCAUAAUUGCGGAUCAAUGUCUGUUUGGGAUGUACCCUCCUUAAGAUUAAGAGUCUAUCAACCUGAAAAGGAGCAACCGCUAUUUAACCAAAUGAAUCAAGAGAAAUCGGAUAACCCAAAAUUUCGUAAAACAAUGAAAGAAUUUCUACAAGCUUACUUUCUUAAUGAUAUUAACUGGUGGAACGAUAAUUCAAUUAUUUUGUCAAGAGGCACUGGUAAUCUUACCAUUAUUGAUGAAAAAAUUAUGUCGAAUAUAAUGGGUGAUUCUCCUCAGUGGUUUGAACCAUCACCCCGAUUAUCUCUUGCUAAAAAUGGAAGUGUUGUAAUAUUAGAAUGUGAGAGAAAACUUCAAAAACGUCGAUUAGAAGAUGUAAGCGAUUACGACGACUCGGACGAUGAAGAUUAUUCUAUCCUACGUAAAAGUAGUAGAAUGUUGACCAAAGCACUAUAUUCUCUAACGGAAAAGGAACAGUAUAGAUCGGCUAGAAAAAAACCAAAAAUUACCGGUAAAAUAUAUAGGUUGGUUAGUCUGUCGUCCACAACACCUGAAGAAUUAUAUUCAAGAAAGAUUGAUCUCGAAGAAUACGGAGAAGCUAUUAUCCUCGCGCAAAAUUAUCAUUUAGAUACUGAUCUAGUAUAUCAGACACAAUGGAAAAAGAGUCAGGCUAAUAUUCACGCCAUCAAAGAUUAUCUAAGUAAAGUUAAGAAUAGAAGUUGGGUAUUGAAUGAAUGCAUUAAUAGGGUGCCAGAUGAUAUUGAUGCUGCGAGAGAAUUACUCGAAUUCGGUUUAGGUGGGACUGAUAUUGAAACUUUGGUUAGGCUACAAGAUGUCAAUGACGGAAAAUUUACUACAUAUAAUCCAGCCGAUGAUACUGAAAAUGACGAUGAUAACGAUGCAAUUAGAGAAAGGAAGAUGAAUCUAGCAAAAACUAUAAACUUUUCAAAUAUAUCUGAAGACGGAAAGGAAAUAUGUAAAGUUAGACUAUUGCUCCUUCAAUAUUUAGAUAGAUUGAAAACCUACGAAGAUAUUCUUGGAGGAGUGUACUUUUCUGCCGAACGAUACGAAGCCGAUGUGUAUAAAAAGUUUCGACGUGAAAAUAUUGUUAAAGCUACACUAGAUUUUACAAGAGCUGGAAAUUGGACUGCAGUUGAUAUAAUGUUUAGCUAUUAUGGCGAACAGUUGAUAGAGCAUAAAUUGCCGAUAUUAAGUAAUUUUCCCGAAACCCUAUCGCCAUCUUCCUAUAGAUCUAUAUUGCCUGAAUGUUCUAUGGAAAUUGAAGAGAACGCUGACGAUCUAGAUUAUGAAAAUAAUUGGAGAUUAAGCGAUUGGUGCGAAGAAGAUUUUUGUAAAAAAUACGUUCAAGAGAAUAAGGAGUGUAACUUGGACAUUUUAUACUUGAAAAGCGAUCUAGAUCGCUUUAGGGGUAAUGAUCUAAGUGAAGAUAAAAUAAGCGAAUGGUAUUUAUUUAGAGCUAAACAAAUUGAAAGUUUAUCGAAUAGAGUCGAUUACGCAAUUGAAUUAUUAAUAUUUGGUAUGGAAAAUAACGUUAAAAACCUAGACCAAUUGAAAGAAAGUUUAUUAACUUUGGAAUUAUUGGUUUACGAAUGUCAAGUUGCUGAUAAUAUGAAUUUAGAAGAAUUAAAUAAAUUAAAUGAACUUGAAAAGAUUAAAUUAAUGAUGUCAACGUCUCCGGAGGAAAUGUUUGCUAAAAAUACAUUUAGAUGGCUUUUACCAUUCCUCGAACGUUCUGAAAAUAGCGAUCAUCUAUUAAAAGAAUAUCUUAUUGAAUUGGCAAAGGAAAAUCUAAAAUUAUGCUCAAUUAUUUUUCAACAUAGUAAAUAUGAAAUGGAGCAGAGAGUUAUUACUAAUGAAGAAAUAUUAAUCGAAUCGGCAGUGAAUUGUAUUUAUUCGUGUCAAAGAAAUGAUCAAUUGAAUGUUUGCUUUGAAAUAUUAGAAUGUUUGUCAGAGAAGAGAGCCGGGUCAUCGGCAAUCAUUAAUGAACUCCAUAAUCGAGUUGAUGAAUUGGAAAUUUGUUUAAGUGCUGCUGAAAUAUUAGAGAAAAUUGAAUAUCCCUGCAUUAUCUCAUUCAUAAGGGAUACAAUGAAAAAUGAAGAUGCAUCUAAAAAAUUCUUUAGAGAUUUACUACAUUCAAUAACAAAUAGAAUACCUAAAUUAGAGGCUCCUCAAUUGAUUAUCCUCUACAAUCAUCUAAAAUCUAUACGUUCUCAAACAUUCUCAUUAUUUAAGGAAAAUGAAUUAGUUGAAUUGUUUGUCAAACAACUCUUAUUGUCUAGCGAUCAGAGGUAUAUAGAUAUCGCUAGUCGAAUGAUGGAACGCUCCUUAGUUGAAUCAUCAACUAGAAUUCCGGAUAGAGAUUUCGGAAGGAAAGUCGAUUAUAAAACUGGAGUUGAAAUAGUUGUUGAAGCUUCUAAAGAAUAUUUUGAUGCAGCCGCCGGUAUUGCAGAUUCGAAUAUGGAACUUGCAAAGAGUUGCCUAUCAUUGAUAAAGGAUAAACCAAAAGCUGUUAGAGGAGAAUGGGAUUUAUUAGAAGCUUAUAUUUUAUUAGAUGAAUUUGGAGCUAAUGUUUUACCAUUACAACUUAGAUUGAGCGAUAGCAAGGCAGGAUUGAUAAAAAAAGCUAUAAAAGUCCAUAAAACAUCUUAUAAAUUUGCCGAUAAACUUCUAAAAUUAGGCCUACUCUUGAAAAUUGAAGAAGGCGUUGUAUUAAUGGAAAUUAUUCAAGCUGCUAUAGAUAAUGAUGAUUCGGAAACUGCUGUUAGACAAUGUUUAAACGCAAUUAAAAUUGAUUUUCCAGGAGUUUGGCAACAUUGUAAAUUAUUGGCUAAUGAUAAGAAGACAAGCUAUGAAAACAGAUUAUUCUUUUUAAAAUAUUCAUCUCUCUAUUGUCCGGAGAACGAAUUAGAUGAUAUUAUUAAAACAAAGCUAAUAUUGGAGAAGGAUAUAUUAAGUAAUGAGAUAAAAGAAAAAAAUUUUACAGAAUCUAUAAAGAAUUUAUCGAAAGUCGAUUGGAAAAAUUUCCUAACCGAAAACGUUACUCAGGCGUUAUUUUCCAACGAAAAUUAUUAUAAAUCUUUAAAGAAUGGCGAUAAUAAAAUGUUAGAAAAAUACGGUUUACACGCAUUUUUUGGAGGUAAAGCGAAUAAUUCGAAUUUUUUCAACGAUUUCUCUCAAACUUGUUACGAAUCUUUAAACGCAGUUGUACCAACAACAUCAUUUCAUCGUAAUUAUUGCGUAAUCAGAUUAGCUAGUUUAGAAAAAUCUUUAGAAGUAACUGAACAGCUUAUUACCGAGAAAGAUGUAAAUGAAGCUCUUAUAAACCUUGCAAGAGAAACGUUAUCGAAUGAUUUUGCACUAUCUUCACUCUUCUUGAGCAAUGUUACCGAUGAAUCUGCUAUAGAAGAGUAUCUUGAAAGUUUACCUAAGACCGAAGUGACGUUAGAUUUAAAGAUAUAUGCGUACGCUUUAAAGUUAAUUGGAACCCAGAAAGGAAAAAACACACUUGAUUUCUCUUUUAAACGUGUUCAUGAUGUUGAAAAGUAUAUCAAUACUACAGAAAGUGAAUUGGGUAAAAAGUUAGAGGCCGCUAAAGAGGCCAAAGAACAAUUUGUUGAGGCAAAAAAAUUACAAAAUCUCGGUAAAGGAGUUGACGCUGAGAGGUUUAUGAAUGACGAAGAAUAUAAAAAAGAGACUAUUUUAGGCCUUAUUAUGACAAUUGAAGAUGGCGUCUAUAAUUUAGCUGUACAAUUGGCUAAACGAUAUAAAAUUGAUAUUUGGGACGUAUAUAUGACGCACGUUGAAUUUCUUUUCGAAGAAUCAGAACUAAAAACCAAUGAAAUAGAAGCUAGAUUGGAAAAUAGAGGAUUAUUGAGAAAUCUUUUAAAGCAAGAAGAAAGAUUAGCCGAUCGUAUAAUAAAUUUUGUACUACCAAUUAUCGAUGGAAGAGACUAUGAAAGAAUAUUAUAUAUAUUUCAUCUUUUAGAAAAGAUUGAUAAAGAUAAGGAAAUUUCAAAUUUAUCAAUAACAACACAUAUUAAAUUAUUGAAAAAGCUGAAAUCGUUAUCUAUCGAAUUAGAUUAUAAAAAAUUAACAAAUGGAAAAGAAAAUUCAAUUAACGUACUUGAACCAAUUUUAACAACCGAUAAUAUAAAUUCACUAGCCAAACUUGCAUAUAAUUUAACGGAUGGUAAAGGAAAUUUCUUACAACCAUCCGCCGUUUAUCGUAUAUGGUGUAGUAUUAAAUUCUGGAAAAGUGAUUGUAAGAAAGAAAAUGAAUGGUUGAAAAAUUAUGAAAAUUGUACGAAUUUUAUAGCUAAAUUAAUUCCGGAACAUUUAAUUGAAUUUAUGGAUGAUGUAACAUUUUCUGAGAAAUCAUUGAAAAAUUUAAAUACUUCUAUACGAAUUAAAUUAAAUAAGAGAGCUUUAGAUCUGGCUCAAUCGUUAUCUAAUGGUGCAAAUGGUAAUGCGUGGAAGAAUGCUGCGAAACAUUUUGAAACAUCUAUUAAUCAUCUACAAUCUUUAACAUCGUCGAAAUCAUUCGAAGAUCUCAGGCAAAGGGAUGAUAUGAAAGGAUAUGUAGAUCUCGUUGAUUUGUGUCGAUCAGACAAAGAUAAAUUUAAAGAAAUCUGUAUAAAAGCCGCUUUAGAAGGUAAAUCCGUAAAGUUUGUAGAAGAAUUUAUGUCUUUAAAUAAUCUAUCGGGAUGGACUGUUAAAGUAGUUUUCUGCGAAGCGUUGAAAACUAUCAUUGAUGAAAUUCAAAAUGACGAAUCGAAAUUACGUGAUUUAGAGAGAGUUGCUAAAGAAGUUCAUUUAUACGAAACUGAGUGGGUUGAAGUAUUAAAUAUACUGGGAAAUAUAUUUGAUUUAAAUUCGGAUGAUUCUACAUUAUUAGCAUUGUAUAGAACAAAAACAAUUAUCUCGAAACAUUGGAAUAUAGAUUCAUCUAAUAUAACUAUCGGAAAUUCUAAAGAACGUUUAGAACUUAUAAAAACUCUAUUAGAAAUGUCGAACAGCGCUGAUGAAUUUUUAGCUAUAACAGAUUUAACUAAAUCUUGGUCUGAAUUUAACGAAGGAGAUCUUUGUAAUGAAAUUUGGUUAAGUAUUUGUUUGAAAUUAAUUGAAACAAUGGAUAAAAAUAGUUCCAAGUAUAUUACUGGUAUUCUUGAUGGUGUUAAAAUAGGGGAAGAGGUUGUCAGUAAGCUAUUUAGCGCAUUAAAACUAUUAAAUCUAGAUAUAUGCGCUAUUAGAAUUGUCUUAAAUACCGAACACACCUCACUCUAUGAAAAUUCUAUGACAAUAUUAGAAAAUCAUGUAGAGCCUCAGCCAGAAUUUCGAAAUGAACUUUUAGAUAUUGUUCUUAAACGACAUCUGGUUUCCUCAACUCUAAAUACGCCUUAUUACGCUGUGAUCUACGAUAAACUCCUCGAAUCUACUAAAGAUUCUCCCUACCACCUUCGGCCAGAGGUUAUAGCUAAUCAAUUAAUUCAACAAGGUUAUCCAGCCAUUGGAGCAUCCCUCCUGCUCGCCCAUAAAGGAAGCGCAACUUUGCGAACAUUUUCGAACGCUCUAUCGUUCGGUAAACGGGAAAGACCUUGA